AUGGGAAAACUGAGUGAAGCCGAAAAAAAAGAAAAGAAAAGGAUUGCGGAGAGAAGGAGAAGGGAGAGAAUAAAAAAUGAUCCUAUAUUAUAUGAGAGACAUAAACAAAGAGACCGGGAAAGAUAUGCCAAAAGAAAGGCUGAGGGUAAAGUAAAGAAAAUGAGUGAAAGAACACGUCGUGAACAAAAAGCUUUGAGAAAGUAUUUUAGAGAACAUUCGAAGAAAAGUUACGAGAAGAAGAAACAAAAAAAUAAAGUACUGGAAGAAAAACCCAUAUCAUUGCCUUUUGAUUCUGGAGCUUUGAACGAUCACGAUCCUUUAAGUACAUCUCAGACUCUUGGUAUGAAGUCUCCAAUAAAUAUAAUAAGUGUUACAGAGCCUCAGUCUCCGAUAAAUACCUUUGCUGACUCUUCAGUUCCUGUUUCUCCCGCUACUUCAGAAAGUUCAAGUAAAGAAGAAUCUGCUGGAUUGAUGAAGAGUUCUACAAAGUUGCCAGUGGAUAUUAAAGAAGCGGUAGUAAAAUUUUACGAAGACGAUGAAAAUAGCCGUAUGUGUCCCGGAAAAAGAGACUACAGGGUUCGAAAUAAAAUACGAAAACAAAAAAGAUAUGCCACAGAAUCAUUGCGUGAUCUACAUAAGAAAUUCCAAGCUCAACAUCCAGAAAUAAAAAUCAGCUACUCAUUGUUUUGCAGAUUGCGACCUUUUUGGGUGAUAAUUCCGAAUGUGCUGGCUCGAGAGACUUGCUCAUGUCAAACUCAUGAAAACUUCAAUUUUGUUGUCUCAGCUCUCUACAAACACAAAAUUAUCUCCGAGAGUUCUCCAAAUCAAAUUCUUGAAAAAAAUUGUUGUGAUCCCAGAUAUGUAUCUUGUCUAACUCGGGUGUGCUUAGAGUGCAACAAUAAAAGGGUGACGUACUUAGAAUUUGACAACAGUGCAGAAAUUGACUACAAGGCUUGGGAAAAACAAAAAAAGGCCUACUUUAAAAAUGGCGAAGGAAGAAUAACAUUGCAAACAAUCAAAGCGAAUGUCUUAGGCACGACGCUGUAG